AUGGAAGAGGAGUACGACAACCAGUUGCCCUUCCUUGACGUAAACAUCACAAGAAUGGCUAAUGGGGGGAUCAGAACUACGGUAUACCGAAAGGCAACGAAUACCAGACGCAUCCUCCAACUCCGGAGUAACCACCCCAUCGGUCACAAACGCAGUUGUGUCAGAGCUCUUUUCCAACGAGUUCAAACACACUGUAAUGACAACGACGGGAGAAGGGAGGAAGUGAAGUACCUGCAUUCCCUAUUCACAGCCAAUGGUUACCCACGAUCCUUCAUACGUGAGUGCCGAAGAGAAUUUAACCGCGAACGAUCUAACGAUGAGAAGCCGAAGUUCUGGCUCGCAAUCCCCUACAUGAUGAAUGUUUCUGAGGCGACAGCAAGAAUCCUGAGCCCUUUUGGGAUUGGGGUGGCCCAUAAACCGGAAUCCACCAUCAGGCAGCAGAUAAUGAGGCCCAAAGACCAGCUACCUGCAACGGAACAAUCAGCAGUGAUCUACAGCAUACCUUGCCAAGAUUGCGGUGCAAGGUAUGUUGGUGAAACGGGCAAACGCCUCUGCACAAGAUUGCACGAGCACCAGCUUGCAGUCAACCGCAAGGAUAAGCUGUCACUGGUAUAUGGCCACAUACAACAGGAGAAGCACAGUUUCGCCUUUGGGGAGGCAAGCGUCAUCGGCCGAGCGAGCGACAAGAUGGCCAGACUGGUUCUCGAAAGUUGGUCCUCAGUUGACACAAUAAACAGAGCCAUUGAUCUUCAUCCGGCCUACCAGGCCCUUCGUACGAGGCUCCAGUCAGCUCGGACGGGGCCGACAGCACUGGCGAACAAAUCGUGGCUCUCUCAACAGUUGUCACCUUCCCAGCAGGGGGAGAGAGCCAGCCGGGGGUCAGACGACCGACGCGAGAUAUCGACCCACCGACGCGCCCAAACAGCCGACCCCGAUUCCCACAUGCAACGGCAGCUGAUCAGCCCGUCAAAUUAUGGGGGGAGGGCCCAAGGGCACACGGACCUAGCAGCGACAACAGCGGCCGGGCAGGGGGCAGAGGUCACACCAGCGCCCCAGCGGUCGACCACGGAGAGACCUAAGCCAAUCCCCCGCCAGCAGGCAGGUCAGAGUUCAUGUAGCAGGCAUGCCUAUAACACGAGACAGGCGGCGAGACAGAACAACCCUGAGCUAGCAGGAACAAACACCCUACCACUACUCUGA